UGUUCAUUAACUGCAGACAGCCCUUGUGAUUGUUACAUUGCUCUGCUGCUUAACUUAUUUGGUACAGCAAUUUGCCUGAAAAUAUAUGACACUGUACCUUCUUAAUUUCUUGAUUGGUCCGUUGCACUGAGUGAUAACGACCUUCACACACGGCUUUCUCCUAACUGAGGGAGACCAUGUCCAGGUCAAGAAUGAGUUGUGCUUGUCUCCUGCCAUUAGUAUAUCUUCUCCUUGGAGUAGACGGAUAUUGCCAGUACAGAUGGAUGCGAUGCUACUCAAACUCGAUGAGUUUGGCAGACAUGGUGUUUGUAGAGUCGUACUUUUAUAAUAAAUUGGAAUUUUUAGUAUUUAACAGCACCGUUGGUAGGUAUGUCGGCUAUUCAGAUUAUGGCAAGGCUCUAGCACGUGAAAAGAAUGAAGAUGAACACCUUCUGCCUUAUGAGCGGGGCUCUGUGGACAGACUCUGCAAAGUCAAUGCUCUUGUCUACAAAAGCCAUGGAAUGGACAAAAAAAUUGAGCCCAGCGUGAAUCUGAAUUUGGUGAGGCCAGUCAGUAGCAAUCAACUCGCCAUGCUGAUGUGCAGUGCCUACAACUUCUACCCACGAAUGAUCCGUGUGACCUGGUACAGAGACGGCCAGAAGGUGACCAGUGAUGUCUCAGCCACGGAGGAGCUGGCGGAUGGAGACUGGUACUACCAGAUCCACUCCCACCUGGAGUUCACCCCCAAAGCUGGAGAGAAGAUCUCCUGUGUGGUGGAGCACGCCAGCUUCAAGGAGCCCAGGGAGUUUGUCUGGGACUCCUCCAUGCCCAAGGCUGAGAGGAAUAAGAUCGCCAUUGGGGCUGCUGGCCUGCUGCUGGGACUGGUGGUCUGUGCUGCUGGACUGCUCUACUACAGGAAGACAUCAAGAGGGUGGAUAUUGGCUCGUCCUAGAUCAACCCUUACUUAUUGACGGCAUAAUUCAUGUUCCUCCUCAUCCUCCGGUGCUUCCUUCAUUGGCGC